AUGGAGUAUUCUUUUCUUCAAGACUUGAACAACGACAAUGAUAGUUGGAUGAUAAGGAUUAGAAUUUGUAGAAUAUGGGAGUCUACUAACACCAAGAAGAAUGAUGAAUUAAUUAGUUUAGACAUGAUUUUCAUUGAUGAGAAGGAAAAUGUUAUGCAUGCUACAAUUCGGAAGAUUUUUGUCUCCAAGUUUAAAAAUCUUUUGAGUGAGGGUUCUUUAUAUAGUGUGAAGAAUUUCAAGGUUAUUCCAAGUACAGGAGAGUAUAGGCCUGUUUCAACUGCGUACAAAAUUAUUUUUCAUCGUAAUACUUUAGUGAUGAAGUUAGAAGAAGGAAGCAUUAAGAUUCCGACUCAUGGAUUUCAAUUCAUAUCUCAAAAUUUGAUUGAUUCACGUGUUAAUGACCACACAAUCCUCUCAGAUGUUGUUGGAUGUUUAUGUGGUGUGGGAGACCUUGAAAUUGUUAGUGGAGUCACUUCAAAAAUUACUUUAUGGGGUAAGUUGGCGGAGAUGUUUGAUACGAAUGUGUACAAAAAAGAUGAGGGCCCUUUUAUUGUGAUAGUAACUUCUACGACAAUUAAACAAUUUCAAGGUGAAAAAAGUUUUUCUUCAACAAGUGCUACCCAAUUAUACAUAAAUCUAGAAAUAGAUUAUGUAGCAUCUUUAAUUGAGCGAUUUUCAACUGUCGUUAAUGGGGUGCAAGAUAUUGGAAGCUCAAAUGUGAAUAAGAUAUCACUUGAGGAAGAGAUGUUCAUCAAUCGGAUGAGCAUUAAAGAACUGCUAGAGGCUGAAUGGGAUGAUAAAUUGAAGGAAUACAAAGUUACUAUAAAGGCAAAGAUUAUUGGAAUAGAUACCACAUUUGGAUGGUACAAAAUUCAUAUAAAAGUAAAGGAUAAAAGUGGGGAGACAACUUUUGUCUUAUUCAAUGUUAUAGCUGAAAAAUUACUUGACACAUCAGUGAAGAAGCUAUUACCUACAAAUAACAAUGAUGUUCCUGAUGUGAUUCAAGCACUGCGUGGAAAGGAUUUUGUCUACAAAUUAAGAUUGAAUGAUUAUAAUUUGAGAGAUGGAUAUGAAAAUUUCACCGUUUCUAAGAUUUUUGAGCCAAAUGAUAUAUUAGAGCAAGCACAUGAAUCGAAGAAGGAGAAGGAUUGUAAUUUGGAAGAUGAAGAUAUUGACAACACACAUGUUACUGGUGCCGGUGAAAGUAGAAAGAGAAAACUCCUCAUUCUUGAUGAUGAAGAUGAAGAAGCUGGUGAUAAUGUUGAAGAUGAAAAUAAUUAG